AUGAAUACGAACGGUUUUGAUCCGUUCGAAUGGCGCUCAUUCUUUUUUCCUAACAUCAGCCGAGAUGAAGCUAGUAGAUUGCUCAGUGAGCCAAAUGUCGCCAUCGGUACAUUUCUUCUACGUGAAAGUUCACGGCCUGGAGAAUAUUCACUGACUGUUCGCGAAUCGAACGAUGGAAAUAUUGUGCGGCAUUAUUUGAUCGAAAAUGAGCAACAUGAAGAUGGAAGCGCAAGUGUUAAGAUUGCGAAACAAUCAUUUCCAGAUAUUCCUUCGCUUUUAAACCAUUUUAAAAUGCGAGUAUUAGACAAUGCUUCUCUAUUAUAUGCAUAUAAAAAACCCAUUAUCGAGACGGUGGUUGGGACGUUCAAAUUUAGCGGAGAACGUGAUACUGAUCUACCAUUUGAAGUUGGUGAAAGAUUGGAGAUUAUUACAAAAACCAACAAUGAUUGGUGGGAAGCUCGAAAUGCACUAGGAACUACUGGUUUAGUGCCUGCCAAUUAUGUCGAACCAGUGACCGAAUUCAACAAUGAACGGGUUUCGAAGGGGGCUAGUCAAUCUUCUAUAUCAAGUGAUGGAAGAGGGGGAGUUGAACGAUUUUCAAGCACUUCGACAAGCAGUGAUACAGCUGAUCAUCAUUAUCAGCCACGACUUCCGGCAAUUGCAAAAGUUGUAUACGAUCGGACUCCAAAUGCUUAUGAUCCAACUCAACUUAGGCUCAAGAAGGGCCAAACUCUCAAAGUAACUGAAAAACUAUCAAAUGGAAUGUAUCGAGCUGAGCUUGAGGGAAUAUCAGGAAUCGUUCCUUUCACUUAUAUCAAAUUUAUAAGAGAGUAA